AUGGCCAAAGUCCGCCAGCAUGCCCCCGUAUAUUGUCUAGCCUGCUCAAUCGUCCUCCUCGCCCCGUCCGUCUUUGCUCAGAGCAUCUCGACCAGCACCCCCGUCCCGCCAUUGCAGUGGAUCAACCUUUCCGGCCUCUUGUCCGGCUCCCCGCCUCCACCGCUGAAGGAUGCCUCCAUCGGCUACGACGAGUCGAGCAGGACACUCAUUAUAUUCGGAGGAGAGAGCCAGACCGGGCUUCCCCAGUCGAACACAUACCUUCUUGAUCUGCAAAAUCUGUCCUGGUCGACUCCCGCCCCUCCGUCUUCUGUGCCGAAUACCUCGCCUCCGCCUCGAAGCGCCGCCAUUAGCGGCGGUGACUUUGCUGCUAGCAAUCGUCACGGUCAUCUUGUCAUAGGUGGCAAGGGGCAGAACGGUCAGCCGUUGUCGGACGUAUGGGAAUAUGAUUACAACAAUCAAUUCUGGACCAACGUCAAAAUCUCUGCUGGUGGCCCGUCAGCACGCUACGAUGCUGCUGGGGGGAUCGAUACCCGAGUCAGUCCGGUGGCAGACACUCAUGGUGUACCAGGGCCGAACAACACGUUCUAUCUUGCGGGCGGAGUCGAUUCUUCCGGACCCGUGGCGCUUUCUGACGUUUGGCAGCUCGAGAUAGCUGGCACGCUGUCCGCCAACCUCCCGGACUCUGUUACCGGAAGCUGGGUGCAGCUCAAGUUCGACAAUCUGCCUGCGCGGGCGAACCAGUCGGGUACUGUUAUCGCCCCGGAUGGGUCACAUUCAAGUGUCGUCGCCUUUGGUGGCUGCUCAACGACGGAUGCCGACGAUUCAUGCGCCGAUAACGCGUCAAACGUCAUCAGCAUAUCUGAUCUCAGUGCCUCAUCGGGUAGCGCAUGCCCUGCUCCCAGAGUUGGCGCCGCCCUCGUUCCGAACCAGAACACCUUCUCUUCUAGCUUUGAUCAUCAAGUUUUCCUCCUCAAUGGUCUAUUUGACACAUCCUUGUGGGACGACGACGAUGGACAUUCCAAGGGAGAAGUGGAUGUGCUCAGCAUUGACACUGGUUCUUGGGCUAGGAUUCUUCCGUCUGGAGACCCAGAAUCCAAAUCAGCCCAGUUCCCUACGCUACGUGAAGGUGCUGUGGCUAUCUCAUAUCCACUAACGCUGGUAGGCGAUGCGCGGACAAUAGCAUCCGAUACCAUCGUCUUCGGAGGACGGGACUCUAACGGCAACUACCUGAAUGAUGUCUGGCUGCUCAGAGCCUACAACGCAUUGGUCACCAAAUCUGGGCAGCACUCAUCGCUGUUCGGCGACGGUACCCUUCAGAGCGGCGUCAACGCAGAUGGUUCGGGUGUGACGGUGUCGUACAUGACGGUUUGCGCUUCGCAUACUGCCACGCCGAGCCCGUCUGUUGGUUCGUCGAGUACAAGCACGAGCACCACGACGACGUCAACAACCACGUCGUCGAGUCCUGCCCAUACUACGUCGGCUGCACGUCCAGUGCAGGCCUUCAAUACUUCCGUCACUCACAAGAUCUUCGCACCACUGUCCGUGGCAGUUCUCAUGCUUGCUCUCGUUGGUGUGAGGCUGUCCUCCUCGACAACGUCCCCUACCGUUGGCGGCGGUAAAUCUGUAUUCCGUGCGUCUAUCAUGGUUGCGGCCGCGGCAUAUGCGAUUGGCAUAGCAGGGUUGGCAACUUCCUUUUCCUCCAUCACAUCGAAGGCUACCUUAUCGAAACGAUCAUCGUCAACCGGCCUUAUGUUGAAAACAGCACAUGGAAAGGCGGGACUGGCCCUGGCGAUCUGCCUGUACGGUGUUGUGCCUCUCUUGGGGCUGGUGAUUCUAUGUCGUGACCUGUCGCGACCGAAGGACCAGAUGAGGGACGAGGAGCCUCCUGAGAACGACGGAGAAGAACAGAGGCAUCGUCGCGCCGACUCAGUCUCGACAACGGAGAAACUGAACGGCAGACCAGGCAGUCGAUUGACCACGAGCACGGCCGGAUUGCCUUCUCGGUCAGGCUCACCGCCUCGGAUGUCUUCCAGUGGAACUGCCAACCAGCCAUGGACCUCGCUCGCAUCCCGUGAUCGUCGAGUAUCCUCGAGCGAAGGCGAAAGCGCAAACACUCGGUCGUUCGAAGUGGUGAACCGGCCUCGUAACAAUAAUCGGCGUACUAGCGAGAUCGCACACAACGCCGAGCAGCUGUAUCCUCCGGUGAUGCCUCGGUCGCUUAGCGAACUCAGCUGGUUGCAGCGGCGUCGUAGCGUCAAUGCAGUGGGCGAGCUAGACUACGCGCUGGCUCAGUUACAUAAACCUGAAAAUCCUCCUACUCCUGCUGGCACAACCGACAUGUUGAGCACGAACGGCCUCAUGGCCGACGGCCUACCACCCCCACCUAUGGUGGAAAUGCCAGGAUCGUUGACUGCUGUAUUCCAUGUCGUCCUUCAUGCAACCAUUCUAGCAUUAUGCGUCCUCUCCUUGUUGGCCCUCCAUGAUCAAGAUUUCACCGCGCCUUUCGCUAUCUUCCUUGUCUACGUCAUCGUAUUUUACUCUGCUAUCUUUCUGCUUGCUUGGAAAGGACGACCUCGACACUCCGUCCUUGUGGUUCUCAUCGGUCGCCUCCGUGGAGUGCCUGCGACCAUCCCUCCUCCCCCUCCUUCUGGCCCAGUUCCACCGACGGAUCAAGAUCAAUAUACCUAUCCCGGAUCCACUCCCCCGGCCCAGCUCAGUCCGUACAUCCAUCAACCGCCGUAUCAUCAAGCCAUAGGUGACACCGCCGAGGACGAAAGCGUCGCUUUCCACUCGUCUCGACAACCUCUCAGUAUGCAAACGUCCGAUGAUGAUGAUGACGACGACGACGAGUCGACGAGGCAGCGGAGAAUCGAGGAAGAGAUCAACGGACGGGAUGUGAACAUCGUUCAUGUCACUGUUCCCAAACGGAGAUUAUGGGUCACUAACCCUUCAUGAACAAUGAACCCCAUCUCUGUAAUCUACGUGUUCGUGCAUAUCACAUUCAGCCUCACAUUCAUUACCAUACUUUCC